AUGUUCAAGAGCGGCCUCUCCUCCUUCGCGAGAGCUGCCAGGCCUGCCUUUGCCGCCCCGACAAGGCGCGCAGUAAGGCCUGCUGCAUCUGCAUUAAGAUUCCCUCUUACGAGCCGAUUCGCGAGUACGUCAGGUGCCGGUGAUGGCAAGAUUUACCAGGUUAUCGGUGCCGUCGUCGAUGUCAAGUUCGACACCGCAAAGCUACCCCCCAUUUUAAACGCCUUAGAGACACGAAACAACGGACAGAAGCUUAUCCUUGAGGUUUCGCAACAUCUGGGUGAAAAUGUCGUCCGUUGCAUUGCCAUGGACGGUACCGAGGGUCUCACCCGAGGCGCCAAGGCCACCGAUACUGGCGCUCCCAUCACAAUUCCUGUCGGCCCUGCUACUCUUGGCCGUAUCAUGAACGUCACUGGUGACCCGAUCGAUGAGCGUGGACCUAUCAAGACCGAUAAGUUCUUGCCUAUCCACGCCGAACCCCCGGCGUUCACUGAGCAGUCUACCUCUGCCGAAAUUCUAGUUACCGGUAUCAAAGUCGUCGAUCUGCUCGCUCCCUACGCUCGUGGUGGAAAGAUCGGUCUGUUUGGUGGUGCUGGUGUCGGCAAGACUGUGUUCAUUCAAGAACUUAUCAACAACAUCGCCAAGGCUCACGGUGGUUACUCCGUCUUCACUGGUGUCGGCGAGCGAACCCGUGAGGGUAACGAUCUGUACCACGAAAUGCAGGAGACCUCCGUCAUUCAACUCGAUGGCGAGUCUAAGGUCGCCCUGGUCUUCGGUCAGAUGAACGAACCUCCCGGAGCUCGUGCCCGUGUCGCUCUUACCGGUCUGACGGUCGCUGAAUAUUUCCGUGACCAGGAAGGACAGGAUGUGCUUCUCUUCAUCGACAACAUCUUCCGUUUCACCCAAGCCGGUUCUGAGGUGUCUGCCCUGCUAGGUCGUAUCCCCUCUGCCGUCGGUUACCAACCCACUCUCGCCAUCGAUAUGGGUGGUAUGCAAGAACGAAUUACCACAACUAAGAAGGGUUCCAUUACCUCCGUCCAGGCCGUCUACGUCCCUGCUGACGAUUUGACUGAUCCUGCCCCCGCCACCACAUUCGCCCAUUUGGACGCCACCACUGUGUUGUCCCGUGGUAUCUCUGAGUUGGGUAUCUACCCCGCUGUCGACCCUCUCGACUCUAAGUCCCGUAUGCUCGACCCCCGUGUCGUCGGUCAGGACCACUACGACACCGCCACCCGUGUCCAGCAAAUCCUCCAGGAGUACAAGUCCUUACAGGAUAUCAUUGCCAUUUUGGGUAUGGAUGAAUUGUCGGAAGCUGACAAGCUUACUGUCGAGCGUGCCCGAAAGAUCCAGCGUUUCCUAAGCCAGCCUUUCACUGUCGCUCAGGUUUUCACUGGUAUUGAGGGUAAGCUGGUCGACCUCAAGGACACUAUUGCCUCUUUCAAGGCUAUCUUGGCUGGUGAGGGUGAUGACCUCCCUGAGGGUGCCUUCUACAUGGUUGGCGACUUCGCGUCGGCAAAGGAGAAGGGAGAGAAGAUCUUGUCUGAGCUGGAGAAGUCGUAA